GAAAGGGACUCACUACAGGCCAGAAACAGGAAGAGGGGUUAUUUUCCCUUCUCAGAAAUCGAAACUUACCAGCCGGAACCUGCUGAAGCAAUUACUCAGCAAAGGAGUGCUCAGAUCCCGCAGGUACAGUUCUGAUAGAGGCAGGGCCUCGUGGACUAUGGCUCUCUUGUCCCAGGGCAGCCCAGGCAGCCUGCAGACCCAGGUGAUGGAGGAAGAAUUCCAGUUCCUGCUCUGCCAGGGAUGCCGGAAAGAACCCAGAAAUCCUAAGCUCCUGUCAUGCCUUCACACCUUGUGCGCCAACUGCCUGGAAGAGAACAAGCCUGUUGGCCAGUGCCCCAUCUGCCGCGCUCCCAUCCCACAAGCCAGUGGGAUCCCAGACCAGGACAACCUGCUCUUUGCCAAUCUGCAGGCCAAGCUGAGCACCUACCAGAAGAUCGUCAAAGGCAAUGACCUGGUCUGUGACAACUGUGGGCAAGAGGGAGAGUUCUGGUGCUCUGACUGCGAGGAGUUCCUUUGUGUCAAGUGCUUUGAGACCCACCAGAGGUAUCUAAAGCGAGAGAGCCAUGAGGCCAAGGCGGUGAGGGAUCUCAAGGUGGGAUCUGCCAGGGAGUUUCUUGUUGGUUCCAGGAAGCUCAGUAACUUGUCCUGUCCCAAUCCAACCCAUGCAAACCAGAUGCUGAGCAUCUAUUGCAGAGAGUGCCAAAAACCGAUAUGCUGCAUCUGUGCCCUGCUGGACAGUCGGCACACAGGCAAGCACUGUGAUAUCAAGGUGGAAAUCCAGCAGAGGCAGCAGGAGCUGGGAAGCAUGAGGGAAGAGCUGAAGAAGAAGGAGGAACUCUUCCAAGAUGCCUAUUGUAAUCUGAAGAGCAAAGCUGACCACCUGGACCAGGUGAGGAAUGAAACCCAGGAGCUGAUCCGAAAGAGAGUUGAGCAGAUGGUGCAGCUGAUCCGAGAGAAGGAGCAGGAGCUGCUGGAGAUGGUGGAGAGGCAGCACCACCUGGGGAACGAGGAGCUGGAGGGGAAGCUGCAGCAGACAGAAGCCGUGCUCAAGAGGAUGGGGGCCAGCAAGCAGCUGGUGGAGAAGAUGCAUCUCUAUGCGUUGGACCAGGAGGUGAUGGACCUGCACUCCUUCAUCAUGGGGUCACUGGAGGAGCUCAGGAAGCUGCAGCCCUUGGCCGUGGGAGCUAGUGUCCAGGCUGGAGGCUUCGCCAAGUGUAAAGCCAGACUCCAGGCUCUGUUUGAAAGAGUGACUGGGGAGAGAGAAGCUGCCCCAGAUAAUUCCAGCAAGGUAAGACAGUUUUGUGCUUGUUCUGACAGAGGUGGGGAUCAGCCCAUGCAGCAUUCCCUGCACCUGUGGCAGGAAUUCAAGCUCAGUUCCCAGGAUCAUUGGCUGGAAUGGAGGGCCCCAUCGUUGUCUUUACCAGCGAAGAGGAAAGGAGUCCAAACUGAGGUCCCUGCGAAGGUGAUCAAGACUGAAGCUGAUGCAGGCAAAUGGGAGCAAUCAGCAAGGAAGCACCAGCAGAAUUUGCUGGAACAACCGGGGACCAGCUCCUCAACAGCAAGCAGCUCUUCAUGUGUGACUGAUAGGUUCAGUGCAGCCAAAGUAGCUGACUUGCUGGAAAAUAACAUCUACGAACCAUGUGAGCCAGAUGAUCCCUGUUUGGACAGCUCUGAAGGGGAUGACAGUGAUGAAGAGUCAACAGACUCUAGUCGGCCAGACGACAUCAACAGCGUCAAUUGUGAGAGCAGCGAGGGAGAUCUCCUGGCCUUUCCUGCCGGCAGCCCGAAGGAACUCAACACGAGACAAGCAUCACUGCUCUUCUUUGACCUCAAGUUCUUGACAGCAAAUAAGGUCCUUCAGCUGGCUGUGGUGGAUGGAGAAAAGAGCUUUACCACCUUGAUUCAGCCACUGAAAUCUUUGCCUGGCUUGAUCUCAAAAGGUGGCGUCUGUGAGAUUGGUGUGAAGACCUUAUUCCGCUACCUCUGCUCUGUCCACAAACCCAUCUUAGCAGGGUAUGACCUCUGGUCACCAGCCCUUCCUGUCCUGUUUCAAUCCCUGGAUCUCCUUAGCAAGAAAGAGGAGUUUAGUGCAGCUGUCUUUGGUUUCCUGGACAUCUUGCCCCUGAUUAAAGAGAAGAUCCCCAAGGCUGGGAGUUACAAACUGAAGAACCUGGCCAACACUUACAUUUGGAGGCAGCUCAGUGAUGAUAGCCCCCUGGAUAAUGCAAAGGCCCUAAGGGAUCUGUGCACAGUUCUGGAGGUUGAUCCAGUGGAGGACCCAAGGCCUGUGCUCACCUGCUUUAAUCUGGAAUGUUAUGCGUCCCUUCAGCCAUUGCUGAAUGAGAAACUUCUCACUAAGCCUUCGGUGCAGAUGCUGGCCAUGCACAACAUGAGCCUUUCCAAGCUCCAUACCUUAUACAUGAGCGACCCUGAGAAAGGGCUGCAGAAGUUCUGCAGAUUCUUCAAUUCUCGGCUGCAGAGCUCUGAGAAGAAAAUCCGAAAGCUAAGUAAGAUCAAAGCCCAUUUCCAAAGCCCACAGCCAUCAGCUGGGCACCAAGCAGCAGCAGCAAAUGAACUGCCACAAGCAAUAAAGAAUGAGCCAGACUACUGAAAUACAUCUACAGCUCAGACAAAUAUAUCUGUGUAUGGCACCUCAGGUAUGAGGCUGAGCAGCAACAUUCAGCUUUCAGGUCCAGACCACCAGAAUUCAAGAAGUUUAGAUUCACCAUUUUCAGUUUGGCACAUUAUCUAGAGCAGGGCCUGUUAAAAGCUCAUGUAUAGAUCUGAACUACGAAUUUCAGGGAUGCUUGGAUCAGCUGUUCUGAUGGUGGCUCUCUCUCUCAUAUACAAAACUUUGUUAAGAUGAAGUGCUUAGGGUACUUGCCUAGGGAGACAUGGGUUCAAGACCCUGCUCCACCACAGAUCUCCUGUGUGACCUGGGGCAAGUCAUGUAGCCACUCUGCCUUAGUUUCUCAUCUGCACAAUAGGGAAAAUAGCCCUGCCCUGCCUUGCUAGAGUGUUAGGAGGCAGUGGUUAUAUCCUAUGGGACCAAAUAAGUACCCAAGAUAGACCGCAAUCAGGGUUGCAGGGCCAUAUCAGUGGCUUGAGGACAUACUGCCUGUCAGGAAUGUUAGAGUUAAAGUCCCUCAAGCAUUAAACCCCCAAAGGUGCAGAAUUAAGGGUGCUGCUCUGAGCAGGACUCCUGGUAGUAAUAACACUGCAAUCUGACCAUACAUGGUUUCCCCCAGUGCUGCCAUCAAUGGAGCUGCACCAGUAGUUAUGGGACCUAAUUUUCUUAGUGCAGACAAGGCCUGUGUUACCUGAUGUAUCCAUUUCCUCCCUUCUGUUUGGUGUACGGCCCAGAUCCUCAAAAGUGUGUAGGCACAUAACUCCCAUUGAGAGUCAGGCACCUAAAUACCUUUGAGGAUCUGGACCUACAUGACCAGAGGGAGGACUCUGUCUAUCCAGCCAGCACUUCCUUGUAUUUAUUAUCACCUGGAGAGUAAGCAACUUUUAUACAAUUAUAUGCACAAGAAUUGCUUAUGUGAUUGAUUCAGGGGGCUGGACUUGAUGACUUUUCACAGUCCCUUCCAGCCUUACAUGUCUAUGAUCAUGUCAGCAGCACGCAGGGCAAGGGGAAUUUUAAUUAUAAUAAAAUGAAAUGUCUUUGCUUCCCUCUAGAAGUGUGGCCUAGAUCCUCAAAGAUAUGGCACCUAACUCACGUUGAUUUCAUGCAAGUUAGGAGCUUAAAUACCCUGAAGGAUCUGGACCACUGUCCUCUUUGCUUUUUUCUACUGACCCUGCACAUUUCCUGCUACUUUUCAAUGUAGAUUGCAAAUUCCUUGGGGCAGAGAAUUGUCAUUGAUGUUUGUAAAGGGCUAUGCACCUGUAUGUAAUCAUGUAAGUAAGAAAUAAAAUUCAUAAUUUGAUAUGAA